AUGUCACUACGACGAAACAUAGACAGCAAUACUCUUCCGACAGCUAAUCCAGUGACACUCGACGUUCCUCUGUCCCGAGACUCAUCUUACGAAGAAAUUCCAUACGGCGGGGGCACAUACGGCUCCUUUCCUUUUCGAAACCACUUCCCUCAUACAACUCAACACACUGUGGGGAGCGACGACGAGCGGCUACCAUUACACAACAUGGAGGCUGAACCACGUCGAAGAAACGUCGCUUUUGACCAUUCGAAUCUACCACAUGAGGGAUGGGUACAUGGGGAUUCGGUGCCAGUAUACCAACCAUAUUCCAACGAUGUAGAUGGCGGGAGAGCUGUGUAUGAAAAAGCGCGGAUAGGAUAUGCAACAGGGCGAUUACCUCCUCGCCAACCAAAGGAAAAGCCGCACUUGGUACGUCCCAGUAUACAUCUAUGGGCCCCCUUUUAUUAUACUUUGCUGGGCCUCUUCACUCGGAUACACGACAUUGGUUUAGCGCCCUAUGUUAUUUGGGACGAAGCUCACUUUGGAAAAUUUGCUUCACAUUACCUCAAACGAGAAUUCUAUUUCGAUGUCCACCCCCCGUUGGGAAAAAUGCUAGUGGCAUUUGUUGGUCUGAUAUCAGGUUAUGAUGGGUCAUUUGAAUUUAAGAGUGGUGAUCAGUACCCAAGCGGUCUACCUUACGUCGCCAUGCGCGUCUACCUCGCACUGUUUGGGGUAGCGAUGAUCCCGCUAGGAUGGUUGACCGCAUCAGAGCUGCAUUUCAGUUAUAGAGCGCGUCACUUAGUCACUUGGAUGGUGUUAUUCGAUUUAGCUUGGCUUACUAUCAGUCGUUUCAUUCUUUUGGAUUCCCUUCUCCUAUGUUUUACUUGCACAACUGUGUAUUUUUUGACCAAAUUCCAUAAUCAACAGUACCGAUCUUUUUCGUUUGAUUGGUGGUUAUGGCUUAUAAUGACAGGUCUCUCUAUUGGUGCUGUGACAAGCGUGAAAUGGGUUGGAAUGUUUGCGACAGCCCUGGUGGGACUUUACACUAUUGAAGAUCUUUGGGAUAAGUUCGGGGAUCUUCGAAUGCCAGUGCGAAUAUACGCCAAACACUGGGCAGCUCGCAUAUUGUGUCUCAUCAUCUUGCCAUUCAUGGUGUACCUUACUUGUUUUAAGAUUCACUUCCUCAUCUUGAGCCAAUCCGGACCAGGUGACUCUCAAAUGAGCUCACUCUUCCAGGCUAACCUGGAGGGAAAUGAUUUUUCGCGGAAUCCAUUAGAGGUUGCUUUCGGUUCUCGCGUUACUUUGAAAAAUGUUGGUUAUGGCGGAGGAUUGCUCCACUCUCAUGUGCAAACAUUCCCUGUCGGUUCCUUACAGCAGCAAGUUACCUGUUAUCAUUACAAAGACGAUAACAAUAACUGGGAUAUUCUCCCCUCAUGGGACGAGCCAAGACUGGAUCCCAACUCUUCCGAGAUUCGGUUCCUCCUCGACGGUGACACGGUGCGAUUGCAACAUGGAUCCACAACCCGAAUGUUACACUCGCAUGCCAUUCCAGCUCCAAUCACUAAGUCGGAUUGGGAAGUCAGCGGUUACGGAAACGACACAGUUGGGGACGUUAAUGAUCAUUGGGUAGUCGAGGUUCAUUCGGAUCUUUUUCAAGGGAAAUCAUCAGGAUCGAGGGUGCAUUCCUUGACCACGCGAUUGCGCUUCCGCCACAAGACUUUAGGGUGUUAUCUGAAAGCAAACAACGUUGUUCUCCCUGGAUGGGGUUUCAAGCAGACUGAAGUUACGUGCGACAAAGAAAACAACCCCGAUAAUCCCCACACGCACUGGAAUGUAGAAAGUCAUUGGAACGACCACCUGCCCCCUGGCGAAGCGAAGCAGUACCACUCUCCCUUCCUUGCGGACUUUUGGCAUCUCAACGUAGCCAUGAUGACGUCAAACAACGCUCUUGUUCCUGAUCCAGACAAGUUUGAUAUAUUGGCAUCUACUCCUGACCAGUGGCCGUGGCUUAAGGUCGGUCUUCGCAUGUGUGGAUGGGGUGACAAUCAAACAAAGUAUUAUUUGAUUGGUAAUCCUAUCGUUUGGUGGGGCACAACGUUCAGUCUUAUCCUCUUUGUCGCGACCUUCGGCAUCUACAUGUUGCGAUGGCAAAGGAAGUACAAUGAUUUAGGACCGGAGGAAUGGCAGCAAUUAUUACACCCUGGAAAGAUUGCCCUAUAUGGGUGGUGUCUUCACUACAUCCCUUUUCUAGCUAUGGGCCGAGUGACGUACAUUCAUCAUUAUCUUCCUACCCUAUGGUUUGCCGUAUUGAUGGGAGGGCAUAUGCUCGACCACCUCGUAUUUUCGGAGAAGCGGCGGUUUACUGAGACAACGAAAUCUGUACUAUUGUUCAUUUGUGGGAUUGCGAUCUUCGGCACAUUUUGGUGGUUUAAGGGUGUUUCGUACGGCAUCAAUGGUCCAGUCGGAGAACAUAAGGGUAUACAGUGGAGAAAUAGUUGGAAUAUCUACAAUUGAUUCCUUCAAAUCUGACUUCAUGUCGCAUCUUCGCAUUAUAAUUCUUUCGCCCCCUGUUUUAUGGCAUUCUAUCUGACUCGGACCAUCAUCCGCUUAAGACGAGAAGGCAGUGCCCGUUACUUGGCGAUAGCUCGCUCUUCAUAGUUAAUUUAAGCCACAAAUACUCUGUUUGGGUAGUAUAAACGGCGGCAACGGCGAGAUAGCACAU